AUGCUGUAGCAACAGUUUCAAUAGUUCCCUUUCCGGGAGGGGGGACUCGUCGCAGUGUUCGAGGGGGGCAGUGUUUGCGUGAGUGUAUGUGCGUUGAUCGAUCAGUGAAAAGGACAUUCGACGCAACUAGCAAUAGAGAUUGCGUUAAUAACAGCUGUAAUACGUGAGUCCCGGGCUCCGGGUUUGCUGGGUUGGUGUUCCCAUCUGAACUAAAUCUGGGGUAAGCUAUGAGUUCUCACCGUCCGCUACCGCACGGUCAUGGUUCGACAGUGCCACCUGCAGCAAUGAUCGAGCGUAGCGGCGGUGUCAGUGUGGUGGUAAACCCCCGGUUCGAGGCCGACAAGCAAGCUUGGGAGGAUGCGAUCCGGGGGUACACCGGGAACGAUCCUCUCGAUCUGUGGUUCAACUACAUCACCUGGUACGAGCAGAAUCAAUCAUUCGAUCGGGCGAACAAUCUGCGCUCGAUCGUGGAAAAGUGUUUGCUGCUGUAUCAGGACACGGAGGGCUACAAACAGGACACGCGUAUGGUAAAAAUAUGGAUGAAAUACACCAAUAUGCAGCAAUCGCCCGCCAGCUUCUACCAAAUGAUGUACAAGAAAAACAUUGGCACACAGUGCGCCAGCUUCUACAUCGGUUGGGCCGACAGUGCGUACAAGCAGGCCGAAUCGAUCUACAACCUCGGCAUCGAGAUGAAGGCACAACCGAUCGAAGAGUUGCACGAAGCGCAACGAAUCCACCGUCUGUACAAUGAGACUCUUGCGAAGAAACGUUCCGCUAGUACGAUGGCCGAACAGCAGCAGCAGCAUCAUCAAAUCGGAUCGCAAAGUCCACCACAGAAGCGGUUAAAACAGGAACCAAGCUACCAAAAUCAGGUGGCAGCGACAGCAUCGUCACAUUCGCACGGCACAAAUGGAGCAGUAAUUGCCGAAGGACCGAACGGGACGUCCACGCUGGGAACGUAUGCAAAUCAGCAGCAGCAUGGUUUCUAUCAUCAACAGAAAACCUCGGUGCAGCCGGGAAGCUAUUACCUGCCGGGCAAUCCUUCCAAUGGUACUUACUUCAGUAGCAACGGCCAGGAAGAACCAUACCAGCAAGCCAAUUCAUACACGUCCGGCGAAACUGGAACACCUCCCGUACCUGUGUCCGCUUCUUCCCAUACCCACCAUCGCCCCGAUCAGCAUCAGACUCCGAACGAAGCAAGUUAUCGAGCUGUAUCAACGAGCGGUGGUCAGCAACGAGCUGAACUCGUCGAACAGCAAGCACCACCACCACCACCACCAGACCAUCGGACAGAGGACGAAACUACGACGCUGGAAUAUCGACCAUCUCCGGAUGAAAGCAUUAUCGAAUGUAAUCUCAACAACUCAGCGUACGUGAUCUCUUCCUCCUUGAGCUACGUGUACGAUGAUCCCGAUCUCGCGCAGUACACGGUCGCAGAAGAGGUCCGUCCCGUACCGGAAGCUACCAACCGAUCGGAACCGCCACCGGUCGCAAACGAUUCCGCGUACGAUAGUGAUGCAAUAUGCUUGCCGGCAAAUUUUGUCCGCGAAGCGAAAUCUAACCACGAAACCUGGGAUGUGCCGUUGUGCCUGGAAGAGCCGUACGAUCCGAACCGGCGGUGCUGCUAUCCGAAACAUCUGGUCUACCCGGAUCUGCAUGCCGAACGGCCGACGAUGGAGUUUUCACUGGAAGAGAUCCGUGCGAAACGGUGGCUUGAGCGUAAACGUCAGCAGGAGCAGCAGUUGCGUCAGCAGCAGGAAGAGGAGGAAGCACACAGACGAGCAAAGAUCGCCCAGCUCGAGAAGGAAAAACAGAUGCGUCAGAUGCAGCAAAUUAAAUAUCAGCAGCAACAACAACAGCAACAGCAACAGCAGCAACGGGUAUAUCCUUCUCAGCAGUACACGAAUGCCGCCGGUGGACAUAUGUCGCAAGCAAUGCAAACGCAACCAAACAGCUACCAUACGCAUCAGAUGCGCCAGGGAUCGAUACAGCACACGAGCAAUUUCUAUCAUCAGCAGCAGCAGCAACCUUACCAUGGUUACAGCAAUGGUUACCCAGCAACAACUGCACAGAUGCAGUCACACCAUAGCUAUCAGCAAGCGAAUGUAUCAGGAUCGGUGAUACAGAACCAUCAUCACCAUCCGCAUCACCAUCAUCAUCAUCCGCCGCAGCAACAGCAACAUCAUCAUGGUGCGGGAUCACACCAUCCGCAUCACUCACCAGUGCCAACGACUCACAUGCAUUCGCCAUCUGCUGCUCCAGUACAACCGUACGGGCAACACACGCAGCAUCAGUACGCGCAGGUUAAUCAUGGGCAUCUUCAUUCACCGCAACCUUACCACCAACAUCAGCAUCCGCAGCAGCAACCGCACCAUGUGCCGUACGAGAGUUACAAUCACAACAGCUAUUCGCCGGCCCAGCAAGCACAACAGCAGCCAACGCCUCCCCAGCAGGAAGUACCUUCUCAACGGACGUAUCAGAAUAUGACGAACGUUCUAUCCCCGUAUGGGUAUAACAGUCCGGUACAGCAUAUUUCCGCGCAGGAAGCGAUUGCUUCACGGCCUAACACUCACUACGCAAUGGCGCCGCAAACGCCACCGAGCCAUCAGGUAUAUCCGCAAUCUCCCGGACAUCAGCAUCCGCAGCAUCACACUCACCAGCAACCGCAGCAUCAUCAGCAGCAUCCACAGAUGGUCGGUAUGGGUGUGUCGCCGCAGCAACAAUCGACAAGAGGACAUGCGGUACUGCCACCACCACAUCAUCAGCAACAAUCGCCCCAUCAGGAGCAGGGCCAUAAUCAUCAUCAUCAUCAGUACACCUCAUUACAGUACAAUGCGAACGAGCAGCAACCGCAAACGAAACCGUAUGGCGCCGUACCUGUACCGGCAGGAUAUGCCCAGCAGCAGCAUGGUCCAGCUGGUUCAGCUAAACAUAACGCUGCACCAUCGCACAGCUAUAGGCAAGGAACAGCGAUAUCAGAAUUGCAGGAGCCACAGCCCGCUGUCAACGGUAUGACGAGUGGGUCGUAUGUGAAUGCGCAAGGGCACAUGCACUUACAGCAACAGCACCACCACCACCACCAACAGCAGCAGCAGCAGCAGCAACAACAACAGGACACUCAACAACAGCAGCAGCUGCAGAAUCCCCACACCAUUAACAAUAACCAUGGCAAGUACAACGCAAACUGUGAUGAUUUCGAGGAACAAAUAGAAGCGUCCACGAUACGCUUUUCCACGCCGGCAGAGAACGGUACCAGCCGAAAGCAGACGAUUACGAUCAAGUUUAAGAAGGAGAAAACGGGCCUCUCGUCGUCACUGGCCGGGGUGGAUUCACCCUCGCCAACGGGUGCGGGCGAUGGACCGGCAACCGUUCACUCCCAACCAUCGACCAUCGGUGGUUCGGCUGAGGAGCAGAUUGAACAACAGACACCGCCCACCACCGGCACACCGAUGGAUGAAAAGCCGAAGAAGCACAAAAAACACACCAAAGCCCGACCGGACCCGAUGCGGCCCAGUGGGGUAGGAUCGGACGGAGGGCCGGUGGGUGGUAGUAAAGCGAAGUCAGCAUCCAAAGCGAAACACUCCAAAAAGAAGCAAUCGUUGGCGGUGGUCGAACAAUCGCAGGACCAUGUGGACGAUGCGAACCUGCUGCUAUCGUUCUCGCGGCCGGAAAAGGACGAAGAUUCCUGUCUGUCGAUUCAGUCCCAAACGGAUGCAUCUUCCGUUGGGUCGAAAAAGAAGAAAAAAUCCAAACGUUCCAAAUCGGCCGCUAAGGAAAAGAGGCCAAAGCAGCAUCAUCGGUACGAUCUGGAUGAGAAUUGUCGUGUGCAGGUGGAGGACGACGAGGAAGAUGUUGGACCGGUGCGAAGGAACGGUGUGCGCCGUCGUGUUGGUGUUUUGGAUGAUGAAUAUUCGGAGACGACGGUAGGCGGUUAUGAGGGUGCCGAUGGGGAUGAGGAGGAGGAAGAUGAUGAUGGAGUGCAGGAUCAAUACUACGAGGUGGACGAGGAGGAAGAAGACGACCAAGAGAACGGAGUGGAGGACGAGGAGGAGGAGGAGGAGGAGGACGACGACGAGGGAGAGGAUGAUGAGGAGGAGGAAGAGUAUUACGGCGAGGAGGAAACAAGCCGUGAGACAACCCGUCGGCGACCGAUCGGUAGUGGGCGAAGCGAAUUGAAGCGCAUCAUCCGACCGGAUGAGGACGAUUCGUCCUACCAGUCGAACUCUGAGUUCAACACGUCCUUCAGCAACAUUUCCUUCGCCGGUGACAAUAGCAAUGGGCCGUUCCAUUACGGUGGUGGCAGCAACUGUUCGACACCGGUCCGCCGUACGCAAACGUCCGGCGGUGGUGGAUUCUCUAAAACAUCCACCCCGGUCGGUACGUUCCGGUACCUUCGGAAGCAGGAAACGAAUCUGUCGAACCUUGGACAGAACGAAGACUCGAUGAACUCGACCGUGGUCGAGAGCAGCUUUUUCCAGGCGGGCGAACACGACGAGGAAGCGCGUCGGCGCCGUCUGGAGAAGGCACUCGGUACGAUCGAAACCCACCUCGGCCGACCGUUUGUUGAUCCGUUCAAUGGGGAGCUGUGCCGUGCGUUUCUCACGAAGGUGGACUUUCCGUCGCGGAACCGUGACCCGGCCGAUAACUAUCACCUGUCCAAUGCGAACCUGCCGAAGUUGUUGAAGGGCCAGACGGCGAACCUCGGGGGCACUGGGUACAGCAUCGAGAAGGAAGUGGGUCGCGGUUCGUAUGGAUCGGUGUUUCGUGCGGUCAACACCCAGACUGGGGCAGUGGUGGCGAUCAAGUACCAGAAGCCGGCCAACACGUGGGAGCUUUACAUCUGUACGGAGGUGAAAAAACGACUGACUAAUCUUAAGAUGUUGCCCGGCUUUAUGGAUAUCAGUGCGGCAGUAAUUGCACCGAACGCGAGUGUACUUGUGUCCGAGUUUUCACAGUACGGUUCCCUGCUUGACAUCAACAAUAAGAUUCGGACCGCAGCCACAAGAAAGGUGAUGCAUGAAUCUCUCGUGAUGCACUUCAGCUGCCAGAUACUUUCGAUCGUAGAGUAUCUGCACGCUUGUAACAUAAUCCACGCGGACAUCAAGCCGGACAACUUUCUGCUGAUGAAAAUACCAUCCCGCGAUCUGGAAGAACCAACACUACGUUUGAUCGAUUUUGGCUGUGCCAUCGAUAUGAACUUUUUCGAACCAAAGCGCCAGUUUAAAAAGGUUAUUCAAACGGAUGGAUUCACGUGUAUUGAAAUGCAGGAAGGACGCCCAUGGUCCUUCCAGACCGAUCUCUUUUGUGUGGCCGGUACGAUCCACGUAAUGCUGUUCGGCGAGUACAUGCAGCUGGUGAAGAAGUACGAAAGCGGUUGGGACAUCAAGCAGAAGCUGCCCAGGUAUCUGAAGAAGCACGUCUGGACGGAAGUGUUCCAGAAGCUGCUCAACAUCAAGGACAUCGACCACAUGCCUAGUCUGCCCGAUCUCCGACGGCUCAUCAACGAGGAAGCGUACAAGAUGGACUCCGAGCUGGCGACGCACAUUCGUUCGCUGUCGAAUCUUCUAAAAAGCCGAUAGAGCUGCACGCCCGUGUUUGUUAGCUGUUUGUUAUCGAUAUCGCUAGGGGGAUACGCAUGCGAACUGCUACCGUUCUGUAGUGUGAUGCUGUCAAGCACCGGGGAAUCUUGUUUUUUUUUCUUCUCUGUGACGGCGCUUGUUCAAGGCGAGAAGUAUUAGUAAGCUAUACAUUGUAAAUUGUUAAUAGUAGUCGGUUAAGAACUUCUUCCAUCCAACCGCAACCCGAUGAACGUGGAUAGGAGCGAUGUAGUAUAUUCCAAAGAUUAAUUUGAAUUAUUGUUGUACAUUAUCAUUUUGCGUAGCCUGCUAAUUGUUUCCCGCCCAACGAGUGCGUUAGUGCGUCUAGAGGCGCCGAUCAUUAUACACCUUCUGCAACAGAGAUCGGUUUAUUUAUCAUUUAGUCCAUUUAGAGUACGAUGCACAUGAACGUUUCGUUAUACGUUCGCGUUUUGCUGCACCUUAGCAGAAUUAUUUGAACUCUUUCUCCCAUAGGCGUCCCUAGUCUUGAAUUUUCCCUUCAGUUGUGUAUACGGCUGGUGUGGGUGCAUCCGCACCACACCCGAUCGGCUUAUAUCUCCUUAGUGAAGCAUUAGUUCGCGUUAAACUUUCGUUCUUGGUUGUAAAUAAUUUAUGCGAAAAUAGACUGGCGGCAGCAGUAGUAGUGGUAGGGUAGUGCGAAGUAGUAACACCCGGGAGUUGAAAAAGGGAGGCAGAACAUAAGCGCCUAGACUGAACGCAUAUACACACCGUUGCCAUCGUUUUGCUGCAGGCUGCAUCUUCCGAAUCUAACCUGCGUUAUCCUGCUUCAUAUACCUUGCCGCCGUCAUCCUGUCAAACAGAAUCCUUCGUUUGGCAAGAUAUUGACUGACUUUCACAGAGAACUGAUGGCGCAUUCACGUGCGUGUGUGUGUGUAUGCAAAAGAGAGUGUAUUUGGUGUGCGUGUGUCGGGUUGUUUCUUUUUUCCUGUGUUUGGUGUGUAAUCUGAAUGUACACAUGUCUCUCCGCGCGCACGGUUGGGUAUCGGAAGGCGCGUAAAGGAACGUUACUGUAUACUACUACUACUAACUGGUACGAACGAUAACGCUCAUAAAGGGAAAGCCGCAGUAGAAGGAUACAUAAUUAGGUUGAAUAAAAACGAGUGAUAAUGUUGCAGAGUAGCUAAAGGGAGCAUAAACAAAACUACUAAGAGAGAAUUAUAUAGCACGACGAAAGAUUAAACUGAAAAUAAAUGGAACA